GAUGGAGGCAUACAGGAAAGCACUGACCACAUGGGCUAAAUGGGUCGACAAGAACAUAGACCCAACAAGAACUCAGAUCGUGUUCAGAGGACUCUCCCUAACACACUUCAAGUAAUUGUUAUUAAGAGACCGCCACCACAACCAUUAUGUCAUCGGUACGACUAAUCUUACUCUCAUGAUCGAUCCGUUUCACUGCAGGGGAGGGCAGUGGAACUCAGGAGGGCGAUGCCACAGGGAGACCGAGCCGAUAUUCAGCCAGACGUACCUCACCGAGUAUCCUGAGAGGAUGAGGAUACUGGAGAAGGUCAUGAGCAGGAUGAAGACCCCUGUGAUAUACCUCAACAUCAGCAGGCUCACCGACUACCGGAAGGACGGCCACCCGUCGGUGUACCGGGUGCGCUACGACACGGAGGAGGAGCGGAUGGCGGCGGUGGCGACCAAGCAGGACUGCAGCCACUGGUGCCUGCCGGGCGUGCCGGACACUUGGAAUGAGCUGCUCUAUGCCUCGCUGCUCCAGGCAGGCAAAGGUCCCUGGAGACUAUGAUAGGAUGGUUACAUGAAUUUUGUUUGUCCUCUUUAGCUUGCUAUAAGGGGUAGAUAGGAUUUACGGUUAGUCCACGAAGUUCGGUUCUAUGAUUAGAGGUGGAUAAACUUCCAGGAAAGCAUGCAUUCAGUUAGUUA